UAUAAGAUCUGAUGGUCGGUGUUGAGUGUGCGGACGGAUGGAGCAUCAUCAGCAUCAGGAUCCCUGCACGCGCGCACCGCCACCGUACUCCCUAUACACGCGCGCGCGGCAGUGUUUAAUCGUCUGCUAGUCUGAGAGAAGUGAGAGCGCGAGCGAGCAGAGAGAGAGAGAGAGAGAGAGAGAGAGAGAGAGAGAGCGACGAUGCACGCGCGCGCGCAUCGUCACCACCACCAUCAUCAUUAUCCGUAGAAAAUUCGGUGUUAAAACGAAUCGGAUUUUCUUUUAAUAAAAAGAAAGAGAGAGAUAGAGAUAGAUAGAUAGAUAGACAGAGAGAGAGAGUAAGAGAGUGUGUGUGUGAGAGAGAGAGAGAGAGAGAGAGAGAGAGAUACUGGAAUAAUCGGCACGGAUUUUGCAGCCUGGCGCGCGCUACGUUCCGGUUAACGGAUGUCGUGAUGCAGCUGCCGCUUCGGAGACGAUCAGCCCGAUGACACCACAGUCUGCAGCGGCACUACAGUGAACGGCGCCAUUCAAUUCGAUGAAAAUGCGUGUCUGGAUACUGACACUAAUCUUGCUGCUUGCCGCUUCUCUGAGCCUGGUUGAGAUGUAUGAAAAUUAUGGGGAGAUCUGUAGGAAUUUGUGCACUUGUGAAGAAAAAGAGGGCAUUCUGACGGUCAGCUGCGAGAACCGGGGCAUUGUAAGACUGUCAGAAAUCAGCCCGGUUCAUUUCCCCACGUAUCACCUUCUACUGACGGGGAACCUGCUGAAAAAAUUGUCCGUCAAUGACUUUAUCAACUAUACUGGAGUCACCAUUUUGCAUUUAGGCAACAACGACAUAUCCGAAGUGGAAACUGGGGCUUUUAAUGGACUGCAGGGAUUAAGGAGGUUGCACCUAAACAACAACAAAAUAGAUGUUCUUAGGGAUGAUACGUUCACUGGAUUAGAAAACCUGGAAUACCUUCAGAUUGAUUACAAUUUUAUUAGUAUUAUUGAACCCAAUGCUCUCAGCAGGCUCCACCGUCUGACUGUGCUAAUUUUGAAUGACAACCUCUUGUCAUCGCUGCCUACCAACAUUUUCCGAAAUGUGCCCUUGACCCACUUGGAUCUCAGGGGCAACCGCUUGAAAAUGUUCCCUUACAUUGGCCUUUUGGAGCACAUGGAUAAAGUGGUGGAAUUACAGCUAGAGGAGAAUCCGUGGAAUUGUUCUUGCGAACUUAUCGCACUAAAAGCUUGGCUAGAAAGCAUUGCCUACACGGCACUAGUUGGCGAGGUGGUCUGUGAGACUCCAUUCCGGCUCCACGGCCGCGAUCUCGAUGAGGUCUCCAAGCAGGAGCUGUGCCCCCGGAGGGCCAUUUCGGAAUAUGAGAUGCGCCCACCGCCACCUCUCAGCACGAACGGAUAUUUCCAGACGACGCCGGCGGCAGUGACUUCCUCAGCCACAUCCUCAGCAGUGCUGAGGUCCUCAUCCCGGCCUACCAAGGGCACUCGGCAGUCCAACAAGACCAGGUCCAAGCCCACGUCUCGCAUCCCAGGCAAUCCCUACAACUAUGGGCCAAUCAUAGCUUUUCAGACCAAAUCUCCUGUGCCUUUGGAUUGCCCCACGGCAUGCACGUGCAACCUUCAGAUCUCUGAUCUUGGGCUCAAUGUCAACUGCCAGGAACGGAAAAUUGAGAGUAUAUCAGAUCUAAAGCCCAAGCCGUAUAAUCCCAAAAAAAUGUACCUUACUGGGAAUUACAUCCCUGUUGUGCGCCGAUCGGAUUUCGUUGAGGCAGAGGGAUUGGAUUUGUUGCACUUGGGAAACAAUCGGAUAGCACUCAUACAUGACAGGGCAUUUGGGGAUUUAAUUAAUCUGCGCAGGUUGUACUUGAAUGGCAAUUUGAUAGACAGGCUCACUGCAGACAUGUUCUUUGGGCUCCAGAACCUGCAGUACUUGUAUUUAGAGUACAACAAGAUCAAGGAGGUUGUUGCCGGUACCUUCCGCUUCGUGCCAAACCUUCAGCUGCUUUUCCUAAACAACAAUCUUCUAAAAACCUUGCCGGGAGGCAUCUUUUCUAGUAUGUCACUGUCAAGGCUCAAUCUACGCAACAACCACUUUCAAAACUUGCCUGUGAGUGGAGUUCUAGAUCAGCUCAAGGCUUUGGUGCAAGUGGAUCUCUUUGAAAACCCUUGGGAUUGCACGUGUGAUGUGGUAGGCAUGAAAAUAUGGCUGGAGCAGCUCAACUCUGGCACUGUGGUUAAUGAUGUCAUAUGUGCAACUCCAAAGAGACUUGCAGGGCAAGACAUGCGCAGCGUCCUUUCUGAACAGUUAUGUCCUGAUUACUCGGAUAUUGUUGUAUCUACGGUAGCUCUGUCGGAAGCGACCUUGGAAGGGAAGGUAAUCACCACAGAGACCCCCUUGAGGUUCAACACUCCUUCAAGCACUGUCCCAUUGUCAGUCCUCAUCCUUAGCCUCCUCCUGGUCUUCAUAAUGUCUGUUUUUGUGGCUGCUGGGCUGUUUGUGGUGGUCAUGAAACGGCGAAAAAAGUCACAAAGUGACCGCACCAGCACCAACAACUCAGACGUAAGUUCCUUUAACCUUCAGUACAGUCUUUAUAGCAAUCGUUCUGUACCCAAAGUCAAAACCCCAGCAGGUCAUGUCUACGAGUACAUCCCCCAUCCUCUUGGGCACAUGUGCAAAAACCCCAUUUAUAGAUCCAGAGAAGGUACCGCUGUGGAGGAUUAUCCUGAUCUGCAUGAGCUCAAGGUUAGCUACCGAAACACCAAUGAAGAAGAGCGGGAUCCAACGUCGAGGAGCCCUACGUACACCGUUAGCACCAUUGAACCUAGGGAGGAGCCUUCGACUGCUCAGGAUGCCGAGCAUUUCUUCCGAGGGAUCUUAGAACCAGAUAAAACUCCGAAUAGUGCCGGAAAUAGGUAUGAGUACAAGUACCCCAGUCCUGGAUCUUACACGUACAACCCAAAUUUCGACGUACGUCGGCAAUUCUUGCAUCCCGAGGGAAUUAGAGAAACUAUGCUCUAUAGCUCAGCUCCAAGUACUGUCUACGUGGAGCCGAACAGGAAUGAGUAUUUGGAACUAAAGGCAAAACUCCAAAUGGAGCCAGAUUACCUCGAAGUUCUUGAGAAACAGACAACGUUUAGCCAGUUUUAAACCUUGUCUAUGAACAUGCAUACUGUUAGAGAUUUUCACCCCGUUUCCAUGCGAAGGGUGCACUGGGGUGUACGGUGUACACCAUCUUUAAAGAAACAACAGAACAAAGGCAACAAACAAAAAUCCUACAAUGGGGUGUGCCAAACUGUCUUACCUUAAUUUUUAAAGAUACAUGACAUUAAAGGAAAUAAAAAAGGAAAAAAGCUCUCGGGAUGAAAGCACGAGUUGUGAUACAAAACUGGUGAUGCAAAAAUCGCAAAAUCUAUUUUUUUAAGUUGACGAUUGAAUUGAAUACACGUAAAUAAACAAACGUAGCUGUACAGAUUAAUCCAAGUACGUUUUUUUCAGGAGUAUAAUCACGCAGAUACUGCGAACUUUAACAAUACAAAAUUGAAAAAGAACACUGUAUUACAGUGCAUCUAACUGUGCAGGACAAUUCCUCUGCUCUAGUCUGUAAGUAAGUAAGUAUUUAUUGGUAUAAUCUCCAUGUAUUUUUAACAUUAUUUGAUUAUUCAUCAUUAUCACCUGUACCAUUAUCCCUCUGUACAAGCUUUUCGUUUGUAAUUUUUUGAUCAUUUAUUGUAGCUUGCAUUGUACAAGUGGCUUUCUUUCAGCGGUGGCACACCCCCCUCCCCCCCCCCCCUUCCCUGUCCCCAUCUUCCUAAACCUCCGAGUCCUCCACCUUCAUCUCCAGUGUCAAAGAGAGACUUUUGCUUCAUUUAAAGAUUUAAAAAAGAAGUGUCUUUGUAUGCCGUCUGCACUUUUUUGGAAAAAAAAAAAAGAAAGAAAGAAAAAUGGAGGGCCAAUGUUGGUCUUCCCAGCUACCAUUAGAGGAAUUAUUAUAUAUUAAAAAUGAUUCAUUCAUUCUUAAUAUGUAUUUUAAUAUGUUAUCAAAAACAAAUUCAUAAAUGAUAAUUGAAGUAAUAAUUAUGUUGUGUAAUACUAUUUUAAUGUAACACCUAUUUUUAUACAAGCAUUCGCAAUUCUUUCUUUUUUCCCCCUUAUUGUUUUUUUUUUUUUUGAUUGCUUUCCACUUAUUAUUGCACUAUAUUGACCAAAAUAUGUUUAUGUCAUCAAUAAAUAUGAUGUCAGGUUCUUAUAUACAUACAUAUAUAUACAUCAUUGUUGGCAACACAUUUCCGGUACGACAGUCCUCUGGCACGAGGAGUCAAGUGAUUUUAGGAGUUACAUUAGCAAUGCUAAUCAAUACAGAGUUGUAACCAGUGUUCAGAGGCGUUCCUAAAACAAUCAAUGCUUCUCAAAUAAACAUUUUUUUUUUCUGUGCAAAAAAGGGAAGGGAAGAUGUGCUAUAGUAGAAGGUUAUUAGCACUGAAAAUUGAAAAUGGCAGGGUUAAUAUCGCAGUAGCUCUAGGCCAUGUCAUCAACUCGUUGCUCGUCUGCUGCAUUUUAAUAAGACGUUCUGAAAUCUCUUGAUUGCAUGAGGCUGCAUUUUGACUUCUGACUAUAAUGUGAGUUUUUACCUUGUAAUUAUUGGUAUUCAAUUUAUUUCUGGUUAAACGAAUAAGGUUAAUUGAUCUGAAUUUACGUCGCAGAAAGUACUCUCAAAAAAAUAGUUCAUUCCUGGUGUGUGGUGUGUUUUGGACCACCAAAUGUUCUGACAUGAUAAGCUUUCGAAAAUGAUUAGUAGAUCAAAUUCAAGUCUUUAUGAAAAGAUUUGAAUCGCCCAAAUUAUUGCUAUUUGGUCCAUGUACAUUAUGUUUAUUAGUUUUGCAUUUCAUUUCACAGUGAAAAUGGAAAAACAAGGAAACAGCUUCUUACUUUGUUUUUGUUUUUUUCUUGGCAUGCACUAAAAUAGGAAAUCACUCAUUUCAUAAAAUUAUUUUUAGACAAAUAAAAUAUUGAAUUAUUUUUAGUUGUUUCCAUUUGUUUCAUCACACAAAGUCUAGAAAUCAAAUAUUUACAAUUAUAAAUCUGUACAUUUCAGUGUCAACAGAGUCAACCUGGAAGUGCAAGUAUGCUAUCCUAUAGACUAUUCUCUGGUUAAGAUAUGUACUCUAGAACCUUAUUCUGUUUUCAUAAAAGGUUUAAAAAAAAAGGGAUCGAUAUAUGCAGAACUGAACGUUGACCUAGAAAUCCCUGCUUUUUUUUUUUUUUUUUACAAAAAAAAAAAAUCAUCCACCACGUCGUUCUCCUUUAUCAUCACCCUCUGAUUAUUAUUAUUUUUUUUUUUUUAAAAGCAUGUAGUGAGCCAUAUUAGCAGUACAUCAGGCACUAACAGCCAUCUGUAAUUGCUGAUCCACAUCCAGGCCAUUAAGAUCAUUCAUUUUAUCUCUAAAAAGAAUCUGAAAUGAUGAAAAACAAAUUUUUUUUUGAAUAUUUAUUGUUAUAUUUAUUGUUUUAAAGUCAAAAGUAAACACUGUUUUAAACAUUGCAUUUGGAUAGAUUACGAAAAAAAAAAAGAAAUGAACACAAGGUACACAAACCUGUCAUGAUUACCAUAAUGAUCAUUUCCUAUAUUUUUGCCCAUUUUUUUAAUUUGAACUUUUUUAAAAGCAAAGCCGAAUCCCAUGCUGUAAUGAAGUAUGCUGUAUUUCUUCUCUUUUUGUAAAAUGGCUGUAUUGAGUAUUGGGGUUAGAGUGUGACCCCCCCUUCCUCCUUGUUCCAAUGAUAAAGAGCUCCACUUUCUCUCUUUCUGUCGACUCGAGGGCCUCGUUCCAAAUCACGACGUGACGCGGGGGCUUUUUAUAGCCGCAGAAAAAAGGAAGGGGGACGAAUCAGACCUGUUAUGGCAGGACAGACCUUGACAUGGUGUUAAUCUCUGAAUUGCUGCCAAGGGAUUGGGAUGUGAUUAAUUGGUGACGGUUACUAAUUGUCAAGAAGAAGCUGCUUCGGUUUUAUGGCCGUGUUUCCAGCGAAUUAAAUCUGGACCGAUCGUUCACCGGCUUGGUCCCUGAAACGGAUCCCAGAUCAUCAAUUGUGUAAAUACUAACCCUGGCAUUAUGAAUUUGGACCACUCACGCCACCAGCGCGCUAAUUCUAGACCACUUAGAGCUCGUCAGCCCAUAUGGUGAGCUAAAGAGGAGCAAUCUGAACACGGUGCAGCAGAGCUUGUGCAUUGGGAAUACGCAGCCAGCCGUUUAUGAUGAUUAUUUAUUAUUAUUAUUUUUGGCACGGUUUGGUAAUGUGCUCCAUUUUGGCCCAUGCUAGCAGAGGAUUAGCGCUGACAUUCAGGUCUCUGGGCCUUCGGCAGUUUAUGAUCAAGAUUUACUGGUUGUCCACUUCAUAAAUGCUAAGAUUUCCUGGGUUUUGGCCUUAUUGUUGGCGAGGUGGUUUGGUAAUUUGGGUGAAAUUGGAUGUUUUUGCUCUGGUGAUAGAAAGCAUCUUGAAUUGCUUUUGUUCCUGAAGAUAGGAUUGUAAGUGCUGAAAUAAACCUGGAUAAACCAUAUGUGAACGAUGACCUAGCUAAGCCUUUCUUUCGCUAUUUUAUUGCUUUGGUUGUCGUUUUAUAUGUCAUUCAGAAUGGAUAUUUUCUUAAAUUUUUACAUUUAUUCCCUUACCAAAUGAGAUAGAACAGGUAUUCCACUCUAAAUUGCACAUCCUUAAUGUUUUUUUUUAAAUAAGUAGUAGUCAUAGCAGUUUUAUUUUAUACGAUAAUCUCUAUGAAAACAACUGAAAAACAGAGACAGUGUAAAUUUGAACAAAAACAAAACAAACAAACCCAACGUUUAGCCUUUUGGGCAGCCAAAUGUUCUGAAAAUAAAAUACCUUUUUAAUUUUUUUUUUUUUUAAAUCGUAAAAGUGGCAUGCUAAGCUUUCCAAAAAGUCAUAUGAAUUUGAACCAUUCAAAUGUUCACCAUAUGUUUAAGAAUUUCUAAAGAUUUGAAAGAAUAAUGAUGCUCACCACAACAAUCUUAAUCUUUUUGUUUUCUUUUUUUUUUUUUUCCUUAGAAUUUAUUUUAAUUCAGACAGUCAUUUAUACAGUCAUCACAUGUGGGUUAAAUAUUUUAUGGAUUCAUUUUUAUGUUAUUUAUUGAUUUAUUUUUCUUCGUUUUAUUUCCUUAUUUUUUUUCUCUACAUCUCUUAUAAGUGGAUUAAUAGUUUUUAAAAUGUAACUUCAUAUAUUGCUAAAAAAACCGUUUACUCAUGCUCUAGGCCCUGCCCUUCUAUUUGAAAAGGUCUAUAUCACAAUUUUUUUUUUUUUUGCUUUGGCAAUGAGAGCAAAUUUCAGAGCAGAAUGGAAGAUAUGUAUGCACAUUUUGGUUUGUAUUUACGGAAAUGAGCAGCGCGUGUUUUAUUUUAGAGUGAAGCUUGAUGCUAUUGGUUACGCAGUCAUCUCUAGAAUGAAAUAAUUUCUUCGUUUUGACGAUGAAAGAGAUUAAUUAGCAAAGCCUCCGUUUGAAGGUCAUCCUUUUAAAAUCCAAAUCUCUUCUCUGUGAUUAAUGCAUUCGACAUCAACUGUCAAUCAAAAUUAUCGUCAUUCACCCGAUGUCUACUCCCUCGCUAAUUAAUCGCCAUUACCCACUCCCUGUGUGUGUGUGUGUGUGUGUGUGUGUGUAUGUGUGAGUGUGCAUGUGCAUGGGUGGGUGGAUGGGUGGAUGUGUGGGUGGAUCUGAAUUUGUCACCAUGAGCUAUCGGCGUCGAGGUGACCCUGAGCGCUAAUGUUGCAUCAUGGGAAAAGAAUAAAACAUCGCCGUCAAACGAGUAAUGCUUUUAAUCAACGCUCUGGGAGAAGAGUGAUGUUUAAUUUCUUAAUUUAUCCAGCGAUUAUUUAACUUUGUCGCAUUGUGACGGGGCGUGUGUGUGUGUGUGUGUGUGUGUGUGUGUGUGUGUGUUUGCCAACCAAGUUCAAGGAGAAUGGGCUAAUUGCGAAGGCAGAGAUGAUAUCUGACAGGCACCAAUGAGCCUCUUGAUUAAACUAAUCAUGAUGUUUAAUGGAAGUCGCGGAGCCGCCGGGGAAAAAACAAAUUUAUUUCACAGGUUGAAUAGUCAUUUACAACACAGUGUGUGUGUGUGUGUGUGUGUGUGUACGUGUGUGUUGUGUGUUUUCGGCAUUUGACCCUGGAAAUGAGCGAGACCGUGUUUCUGUUUACUCCUUGAUUUGUUUUUGUGUUUAGACACACUCCACUCCUCAUGUGUCCGUGUCGUCACUCUAUCUGUUCCGGCUCGAGUGUGUUUCGAUGGAUUUCUUCUAUCUCUCUCUCUCUCUCUCUCUCACACACACACACACACACACACACACACUCCUUUAUCAGCUUAUGGUUGCGUUUGUUUGAACAGAGCCUGUUUAUCACUGGAAAUGUGCUGUGUCAUUGUGGAG